AUGCCGACGCCCGCAGACCAUGUACUGGGACGGCCGUCCGUCAAGUUUCGGAGAGUUCAGGUGCUCGCCGUCGUUUCCUUCUGGUGUGCCUACCUGUAUAGGUUCGUCUGCCCCGCUGCUGAAUUUGACCUACCGCCGCUCACGCCUUCUAGGGGAAAUCGCCAUGGCCCGCCUUUGCUCAAACGCCUCUCGUCCCUCGCCUCUUCCCGCCUCACUGCCUGGCAGACGGUAGUUAUCACCAUGCUCUGGCUCUACGUUUCCCGCAACUUCGGCAAGCUGGUCGGUCUCGAGUGCCCCGAGCCCCUCGCAAAUCUAUACACACGGUCGUACUUCAGAGCAACAUGGGUGACAACUGCGCUGGACGCCGGCUUUUGGUCUGCUAUGCCAAUCCGGAAGAAAUGGGCUCGGGACAUAUGUUCGAUCGUAUUCACCCUAUACUACCUUAUCUGCGCCGAGCAAGCCGACGAGAAGGUCAGGAAGAUUCGUUCCACCCUGACAGUCGAUCAUCUGCGCGUGAGCUGGAACAAAGGGACAACUCCGUACCUAAAGCUGGUCACCGGCCUUAUGCGCCCGCGCCUGAUGCGCUAUCCUCCCCGCGCCAUCCGCAUACCACGGCCUCCGCAGUCCUCAUACAAAGAGCCGGUCCAGGGUUGGUUGUACUUCGAUGGCCCAAUCUCCGCCCUGAAAGAGCACAACAAGAUUGUUUUGGAUAUCCCGGGUGGCGGUUUCGUGGCCAUGGACCCGCGUAACCACGACGACAAGCUUAUCGGCUGGGCUGGAACGACUGGUUUGCCGGUCCUGGCUCUCGACUAUAAGAAGGCACCCGAAUACCCGUACCCGUAUGCCUUGAAUGAGUGCUACGAUGCCUAUCACACGAUUAUUGCGAGUAACGGACGAUGCGUUGGCCUUUCUGGAUCGAGUACCCCGGAGAUCAUUGUUUCUGGAGACAGUGCUGGCGGCAAUCUUGCAGUGGGAAUGGUGCUCAUGAUUCUGCAAAGUGGCAGCACCGAUACGCGACGUUGGAUGGGUGAAGAGGCGCUGCCUCCACCAGCGGGCCUCGUUCUCAUAUACCCAGCGCUCGACAUGAACAUCGGCAAUUGGAUGACGGAUGAGCAGAUGGCACUUAUUCGGGACCGAAAAACCCGCAAGACGAACGAGGGUCUUCUCAGGAGGAAGAGUGAGGAUUACAGGAAGCUCACGCCUACCACACCCCACCACUCAGAUGAUGAGGAUGACGACGAUGUUACGCCGCCGGCAGAGAAGAACGAAAACACGCAUCGCACAGAGAACGGCGACUCCACGGCAACAAUCACCGACAAGACCUUGACUAGAUCGCCGUCCACUUCAAUACGACUAUCAGCAGCGCACACGGGAGUCGAUGCCCACAGCCUCGAAAGUAAGCUCUCUGAGUCGGCAUUUCCUCAACCUGCACCCAAGCCUACAACCAUCAAAACCCGCCUGGCCAUGUCCUCGAUGAUCUCCUACUUCAACGACCGCAUCCUUACGCCAGAGAUGAUGCGUGCCAUGAUCAUCCUGUACAUUGGCCCACAUCACCGCCCGGACUUCGGCACCGACUUCCUCCUCUCGCCACUGCUCGCGCCCGAGUCUCUGCUGGCAAAGAUGCCCAAGACGUACUUCCUUACAGGGGAGCGCGACCCGCUCGUCGAUGACACGGCCAUCUUCGCCGGACGCAUCCGGCAGGCAAAAGCGGCGGCAUGGCGCGAGCGGCGCGAGCUCGGCCUGGAGGAGACGACGAAGGCUUUCGUCGACACGGAUCACGUCGAGGUGGUCAUGAUCCCAGGCAUCAGCCACGGCUUCUUGCAGUUCGUUAGCGUCUUCCCGGAGGGCUGGAAGUACAUCUUCAAGUGUGCGCGGUGGAUGCGCGACAUCGCCGAGCACGUCGACGCUGACGCGCUGGAGGCGGAGCGCAAGGCGAGGGGCGAGGGCCGCCCGCGGCACAGGCGUCGUCGCACGCUGGAGAGUAGCGGCGACGAGGAUCGCCCGUUGGAGAUGACGGUUGCGAGCAGCAGGGGCAACAAGGCGAACGGGUACGGUGGCUCCGUCAGGGCGGCCCGCGGAAGCAGGUACGACAGGAGGGAUUCGGAAACGGACCAUGCCUCGGGCAGGGGCAGAGGUAGGGGCGGUGCAGGGAAAUCGAGGAGGAAGAGUUUGGUAAGUCUGGCGAGUGAGGACGACCUGUUGGGCAGGAGGAUGAGGGGCUUGACCGGCGCUUUGAUGCGGGCACCGGACGAGGAGUGGGAACCGUCGAGUCCGUAA